GCUAGGGUUUUAGGGAGCAAUGGGGAGCGUGUUGGGCACCGAGAGGAGCCGCCAAAAGCAGAAGGAGAUCGAGGAGCUUCUGGAUCAGCUCCCUCCGGAGAUCGAUCUUGACAAGGAGGUUCCAUUUCGUAGCUGGUGGCUCUUCUCGGUUGUGGGGGCGCUUGCCGCGAUUCCAGUGGGAAUGAAACGCAAAUCGCUGGCGCCACUGCUCAUCUACGGCACCACCGGGACGAUGCUCGACAUAAUCUUCGGCAUCGAAGAGCACGAGAAGAAGAGGCAGGAUUGGAUGAAGGAGUACAUCGCGCAGCACGGCAGCCGCAGGGCCGACGGUGAUUCGCGCGAGAAUUGGGAAGAUCCGAGCAGCGGAUUUGGCCAGGAGCCGGAUCCCUGGAUCGAGGCGAAGAGAAAAAACUAAAGAAAAGAAGCGCGUUUGGCCCA